AUCAUCAGCGGUCGUGCGUGUGUGUUUUCUUCUCUCUGUGCAUGUGUCCAUGUGCGUGUGCCUGUUGGAGCUGUGAGAUUUAAACAUAACGUUAUAUCAGUGAGUUAUGAUUUAUUUCUUUAGUACCUGAUGAGAAUCUGAGUGUUAUGAUGGGAAAACAGAAGCAGAAGUUGAGCAAGAGUGUCUCGGAUAAAGUCCGCAAAUCUAAAGCGGCUCCGGAGAUCCAGAAGAAUCCGUUUGAGGUGAAAAUCAACCGAAAGAAGUUCGAUGUUCUGGGUCGCAAGAGUAAACACGAUGUUGGUCUGCCGGGAGUGUCACGAUCCAAAGCCAUCAAUAAGAGGAAAGAAACUCUCCUGAAGGAGUUCAGACUAAAGACAAAAGCAAUAAGUUCAUUGACAGACGCUUUGGUGAAUAUUGCAGAAAAUCACACCAGAGAGAAAAUACUGCAAGAUUUACACUCGGAGAGGACAGGUAACACAUUUACACCAUCACCACACUGA